ACAUACCAGGUUUUGAUCACGAAUCAAAUCUUCCGACCUGCUAGUCGUAUUGGACAAUAGGCGGAAUAAAUUUUGUUUUCAAACACACUUAUCGUUUAUUCUUGACACAUGUAGAUAACGGAUUAACAUCAGCGAGUGAUCGAUAUGGAGCUAAUAAGAUGAUAUAUUGAGAAAUGACAUAUUGAGGAAUUGCAAAGAAUAUCAAGAGCUGUUAAAUAUUUGUCGAGAAGUCGUGGUGAUUAUUUUGAAAUCAAAUAUCUCUUAGUUUACGAUGAUGCUGCAAAUGUAUCCACGAAGUGUCUGAAUUUUUCGUGAUAAAUAUUAAUGUAAGAUCCGUGGCGUUAUAUGAAUUAUGUUAUCGAUACAAUUAAGAGAGUAAGAGUAGAAGAUGAUCGCAGAUAUAUUCGGACAAAAAUAAUUACGACCUUAAGUUUGCUGCUCGCAUAUAAGCUCGCAUAUUUUACUCACUUUGGCAAAUAAAUUGUUUUUUAUGUGAAAAUUUCAUAAUCUACGCUUUACAUAAAAAUUAAUAUGAGCAGACGGCCACUUAAUGCAACAGGUUCAUAAUUCUACAACUAACAACUCGCAAAGCUCAGUUAAGCUAUCGGCAUAGCGUUAUAAGCAUCAGUUAGAUUAAAUUGAAAGUCUGGUUGACAAUAGAGAGAGAAACAGAGAAAGAGGAAGAAGAAUAAAUGACAGAUGCUUUUGAUGACUGCUGCUUAAUCGCACAACGGCCAGAAGAAAUGAUAUCUGUUCUAAUUAUCCUGCUCCUUACGGCGGGGAUUUGCAAUAGCAAUCCGGACGCUAAAAGGCUUUACGAUGAUCUCCUCUCAAAUUACAAUCGACUAAUCCGACCUGUAUCCAACAAUACGGACACCGUCGUGGUGAAACUAGGACUACGUCUCUCGCAACUGAUAGAUCUCAAUCUAAAAGACCAAAUUCUUACCACAAACGUCUGGUUAGAGCACGAAUGGCAGGACCAUAAGUUUCAGUGGGAACCCUUGGAAUAUGGGGGUGUCACCGAACUGUACGUGCCUAGCGAGCAUAUAUGGUUGCCCGACAUUGUUCUUUAUAACAACGCGGAUGGAGAGUAUGGUGUGACCACGAUGACUAAGGCUAUCUUGCAUUACACCGGCAAGGUUCUCUGGACUCCGCCGGCGAUUUUCAAGUCAUCCUGUGAGAUAGACGUUAGGUACUUCCCCUUCGAUCAACAGACUUGUUUCAUGAAAUUCGGUUCAUGGACGUACGAUGGCUUUCAAAUCGACUUGAAGCACAUUAAUCAAAAUGUGGGCGACAAGGUCGAGGUGGGCAUCGACCUGCGGGAAUAUUAUCCAAGCGUAGAAUGGGAUAUAUUAGGCGUUCCGGCGGAACGGCACACGAAGUACUAUCCGUGCUGCCACGAGCCAUAUCCCGAUAUCUUCUUCAACAUAACGCUGCGCCGUAAAACGUUAUUCUAUACAGUAAAUCUCAUAGUCCCGUGCGUGAGCAUCUCGUACUUGUCGGUGCUCGCGUUCUACUUGCCUGCCGAUUCCGGCGAGAAGAUCGCACUUUGCAUCAACAUUUUGCUGUCGCAGACGAUGUUUUUCUUGCUGAUAUCCGAGAUUAUACCAUCCACCUCGUUGGCUUUACCAUUACUCGGCAAGUAUCUGCUUUUCACGAUGAUUCUCGUCGGAUUGUCGGUCGUGAUAACGAUUAUUAUAUUGAACGUGCAUUACCGUAAACCGAGCACUCAUAAGAUGGCACCGUGGGUGAGAACUAUCUUCAUCAGAAAAUUGCCGAAGCUACUCUUGAUGAGAGUGCCCGACGAUCUUCUCAAUGAUCUCGCCGCGCGCAAGAUACAUGGACGAGGAAAAUCGGGCAAGCGGGACAAGUUCAGUGAUGCGGUCGCCGCGGCUGCGCGAUCGUCCUCGAUCGUAUCCUCGCCGGAUUCUGCCCGCCAUCAACGAAUCGAUGGUUGCAAUGGUUUACACAGGACGACCCACAAUCGAUUUCUGGUGGGCAGUUUAGGAUACAAUGGGCUUCAAACGGUUAUGUCCGGUCUGGAUGAGUCUAUGAGCGACGUGACACCACGAAAGAAAUAUCCAUUUGAAUUGGAAAAGGCAUUACAUAACGUUAUGUUUAUUCAACAUCAUAUUCAACGUCAAGAUCAAUUCAAUGCGGAAGAUCAAGAUUGGGGAUUUGUUGCGAUGGUCCUCGAUCGGCUUUUCCUAUGGAUCUUCUCGAUAGCCUCCGUCGCCGGUACUUUCGCGAUUCUAUGUGAGGCCCCAGCGCUCUACGACGACACCAAACCGAUCGAUAUGGAAUAUUCAUCCGUUGCUCAACAGCAAUUCCUCCCGUCCGGCCAAGACUUGCUGGAUACUCUCGUAUAGAUGGCUCGUGUAGAAAAAUGUGAUCUCUAUUUAUUAAUACGGUAUUCGAUUUAAAGGGAAGCGGCGAACUGUCUCUUUCCGAGUCUUUCCGCGAUAUUGCGACAAGUUACGCCAAGAAACCGUGAUUCAUACGAUCGUUUGUCACGUACAUCAUUAAUUAUACUUGUAAUUAAAGACUCCAUUGUAUCUCAAUACAUAAUCACGAUUUCGAUGAUAUCUCUGAGAUCGAACGGUACAAUAUUGUGCGCGAUUCUAGAAACUGGCCUAAAACAAAAUGUGAUUUAAUCCCGCAGGAGACAAUUCGCCGGCUUACCUUGUACGUGACAAUUGCACACAUAAUUGCAACACGAUUAUAUUCCCGAAAAAACGAAAGAAAGGAAAUUGUAUUUGUACUUACUACUAUAUGCGCGAUAGUGCGCAUAAAACAAGAAAGAAAAAAGAAAAAUCGUUCUAUAAUAGUAACAACUAUUUGAUGUUCACAGUGUUACGACGAAGACUUUGCGAUUAGAUAUCGUUUGUAAAACUUUUGGUAACGUUGGUUACACAUGGUGUAACAGUGAUACUUUGACUUGCACACCAAAUAUAUAAUCUGUAUAUAGGACACAUUUCAUGCUCCAAUUAAUAUUUUCCCGAACAUCAAUCAAUUCGUAUAUACAUAGCGUAGUUUUUUUGAAGAAUUAUAAACAAAACUUUUUCCAUUACAAACACAUAUAUAAAUAUAUACAUAUAUUCGGAUUUGUUCGAUAUAUUGUACGUAUCAAAAAACGAAAAUAAAGAUAAAAAGCUAGAAGUUAAAUGUAUUAUCCCCUGAA